AUGCCUAACCUUCGACAGACGCCUAGACGCCCCGAGUAUUCUCGCCAUCUUCCAACCGAUUCUCUGUUGGAGGCAAGUGAGGUGGACUUGGCCUCGAACAACUUGGAUGCGCUUCGUUCCAACGCCCAACAGCUGGCCCCCAUGCCGGCGGCGUCCUCGGAACUCCAUCGCAUGUGGAUUCCUUGCUCUGGCGUCUUUAAGCAGAAACAUUUGACUGAUGUACUUGAUGAACUUUCGAAAGAAUUGCAACCCCAGAUUUGGAAAGACGCACGCCAAGCUCGUCUGCUUCAAGAAUUCAAGCUCAUACCGAAUUCUGGAGUCCGUUUUACGUGUGCGUCUUACGAUAUGGCGUCCAAACUUAGCCUGGUCCAGCUCAAUGCAUUUGGCACGCAUAUCCAGAUUGCACGAUAUUCUAAAUAUGAAUCUCGCUACUAUGUGGACUUUGUAACGGGGCUAGAAUGUACCGUCACUAGCUUACACGUGCGCUUGAGGAAAACUCAAACCCAAAUAUUAGGUAUUAAGUAA